AUGACUACCCAAUCCGGAAAUGACCCCCUCAGGCGAAGAACCCCACCUCAUGAACGCGGAGAUUCUCUAAGCAAACCUCCAAACUCCCCAACCUCAUCUUCAAGACGCGACCGUAUUGCCCGGGAAAGAAAGGUGUUGGAAGACAAACGACGCGAUUACGAAAAGAGAUACGGAUCCAUUACCUCUCAAAAGCUGCCUAACUCUAAAACCUCAGGAGAGAAUCCACCGCCAAAGGGGUUGGAAGAGCGCUCAAAUUAUGGAUGGGGAGAGAUCAAAGAUUAUCCCGCUGACUCUCCGGAGGGAGAAGAGAGCGUACAUUGGCUCGAUGCACUGCUUGCCGAGAAUCUUUCGCCCGCCGAAUUUAGGGAUAGAUUGAAGAAGAUAAAUGCACAACCCGACCCCUAUAUUGAAGAUCUAAGGCGAAGUAACGCAGAACUAGAUGCCACAAUGCAACGCCACAAAGAGAAAAAAGCAGAGCUUCUCAAACAGAAAGAAGAAUUAGCGGCAUGGAGAUCGACAGGGAAACCACCGAGGAGAGCGGGGCGGUUGGGAGACCGGAAUUCGAGUGAAGAUGAGUAUCAGAGGAAGGAGCGAGAGAGAAGUAGAAUACAGAGAGAAUACGGCGAACCAUCUCAGCUACUUGAUUGGAUUGUGCAGGAUGUUCGGAAUGUGGAUGGAAGGAAAUCAUGGGGGUAUGAGGAUACGGGGGAAGGGUGGGAACCGACCCAUAAAGAAUCCCAGGACCCUGUGAUCAAGGCUGAGGCUGAGGCUGAAUCUACCAAGCCGUCGGAUUCGGGAAAAUCAAAAGGGCAUGAGAAUGCAGAGGAUUGGUGGAAGCCAUUUGAGAGAGCACCUCGGAAACCUGUGACCACGACUCUGAAAGAUCCAUUGCGUAUUAAACCUUCGACCAAGAGUGCAAAAUGGGAAGAAGGCCUUGGUUCGGGAGAGAAAGAUAUACAGCCUUUUGCAGGUGGCCGUCUACCUUUCCACAACGAGCCCGAAAGUCCUCUCGAUGCAGCCGAGAGGCUAGAAAAUCAACUCAAUGCAAACGAAGAAUCCAAACACAAAUCCAAAUACAAAAGGCCUUCAGCUGUGGAUUUCCAAGAGCCACUCGAUGCAAAUAAAGAAUACAUACACAAACACAAAAUCAAAAGCAACUACAAAAGCCCUUCAGUUAUGGUUGUCCAAGGGCCACUCGAUUCAGAUAAGCAAGAAAAAGUCAAGAAAUCUUCACCCAUGACAGAAAAAAUAGUUCAAAAUGCUCCAUUACCAGUUUCAUCCGCGGCACGCAAUGACCGCAAUCGUUAUACCUUGACUUGGAUGGAGAUGCUGAUAGUUUCAGUGAUUGGAAUUGCAGUGGGAAAAAUAGCAUUGAGACUUUCAAAUAUUCCAGCUGAUGCAGAAGAUAUCAGUGGAAGUUUGAAGUGGGGAUUAGGGAAGACUUGUGAGUAA